GUGGCCCCCAGCGUCGUCGGCGCGUCCGAGGCCGCCGAUCCGCCGCCGGAGGGCACCGUCAAGCCGCCCGACUUCAUGCAGCCCAUCGAGAACGUGACGGUGGCCGUAGGCAGGGAGGCCAUCUUGUCGUGCUCCGUCACCGAGCUCGGCCCCUUCACGGUGGGCUGGAUGAAGGUGUCGGACCAGACGAUCCUGGCGCUGGCCAACCGCGUGGUGACGCACAACGCGCGCGUGUCCGUCUCGCACGACACGCUGCGCACCUGGCAGCUGCACAUCCGGCAGGUCAAGGUGUCGGACGCGGGCUGCUACAUGUGCCAGAUCAACACGUCGGAGAUGAAGAAGCAGACGGGGUGCGUCGACGUGCACGUGCCCCCGGACAUCUCGGACGGCGGCACCAGCUCCGACGUGACGGCCACGGAGGGCGAGAACGCGACGCUCACGUGCCGCGCCACCGGCCACCCGGAGCCCAGGAUCACCUGGCGGCGCGAGAACGGCGAGCAGCUCAGCGUGCUGCGCGCCAACAAGGUGGCCAAGGUGGACAACUUCAGCUCGGACACGCUGCCCCUGGUCAGGAUAACGAGGCAGCAGAUGGGCGCGUACCUGUGCAUCGCCUCCAACGAAGUGCCGCCGGCCGUCUCCAAGAGGAUCAGCCUCAGCGUGCAGUUCGCCCCCUCCAUCCACGCCCCUAGCCAGCUGCUGGGCGCGCCCGGCGGCACCGACGUCACGCUGGAGUGCAAGGUGGAGGCCUACCCCAACACCAUGAACUACUGGGAGAACAACCGGUCCACCAUCCUGCUCAACGGGCCGAAGCACUCGGUGAGCGAGCGGCGCGAAGGCUACCACGUGCACAUGAACCUGACGGUGCGCAACCUGACGCUGCACGACUACGGCGUCUACAAGUGCAUCUCCAAGAACAGCCUCGGAACGGCCGAGAGCAACGUGCGGAUAUACGAGCUGAAAGUGUCGACGCUGCCUCCUACCACGACCACGACCACGACGACCACCACCACGACGACGACUACCACCACCCCGCGGCCCACGACCACGACGACGCUGCGGCCGCGGACGACUCCGGGCAGCAACAACUGGCCGCCUCUCCGGUCGACGCCGCCGCUGGAGAACAACAUGAUGCGUUCGUCGGAGAAGGACCUGGACAACGCCAUCCGGUCCGGGGCGAGCCAGCGGUCGGGAGCGCGGUCCGCGGCGGCGGGCUCGGACCAGCGCCGCAGCACCCUGCUCGAGGUGGUGUUCGACUUCCUGCUGGUGCUGCUGCUGUUCCUCGUCCGGUGACGAGGCGGUUAACUCUCCUCGACCAGUGCCUCAACGGUGUUCUCGACGGC